AUGUCCGAUAAACGGCCAGCAAUUGACGAAUAUGUACAAUUGGAAGAGACGAAUGCAAGUAGAGGAUCCCGACCAGGUAUAUGGACUCUACUUGAUGAACAAAGAAGACAACUGGAUAAGUUGACUCAAAAAGAGGAGGAAGCGUUAGUUCCAACAUCUACUGAUAGGAAUGACCUGAUCGAGUCGAAAUACUCUUCCCUCGGAGCUCAAGCUCAAACUCGAUGGUCGAAGGUAGAAGAGUUCGUACCUAAUUCAGCACCGCAAGUCUCUGGUACAACGCUGAGUACUACUAUCGCGAAACAGAAUCUCAUACCCGCCACUAGGGAAGGAUAUGGUCAAAGAGAUAUAUACAGUGCUCAUCCUACGUCUGAAGAUCCUACUCAAAGUAGGCGACAUGCACCAAGCUUCCCCAUUUCAGACUAUUCACAGCAACUCUCAUCACACGGUAGGCUCGAAUCACCCUUCGAAGCCACAGGUUUCUUUCAUCCUCCAGGGUUAUUCUCAACCAUUCAUUCCGAUCAGGCUCAACCUAUGUAUAUUCAUGAGAAAGGACAUGGGCAUCCUCACGGGCCCUAUGAUGGAGCCAGGGAAGGGUUCUACGCCAAUCCCAAUCCGAGUUACGGUUCCGGACAUGGUUAUCCGUUCGACACGAGGAGUUGA